AGGAACUGCACAUGCGCAGUGUGUCACUUCCGGGUCCAAACUACGAAGCUGGACAGUAGAGCUUCAGUCAUUGUGCAGAAUAAUAAACUAAAUAAACAGUAAAUUAUGGCUGUUGACUCGGAACAAAGCAGUGUUUCGUUGCCUGUUUCUGGACUAGUGAUAGCUGUAGCAUCAAGUUUCAUCAAUGGGUCGACAUUUGUGCUUCAAAAGAAGGGAAUAUUACGCUCGCGCGACAGAGGAGGGUCCUACCUCACAGAUGUGGUGUGGUGGGGGGGCACACUGGCCAUGAUUGUUGGUCAAAUUGGGAAUUUCCUGGCGUACAAUGUGGCCCCCGCUGUGAUCGUGACACCACUAGGAGCCCUUGGAGUGUUAUUUGGGGCUGUGCUGGCUUCGUGGAUCUUGAAGGAGCAUUUAAACAUCCUGGGAAAGCUUGGCUGUGUGUUGUGUUGCUGUGGCUCCGUCAUGCUCAUCAUUCAUGCUCCCAAAGCGGAGGCUGUAACAUCCAGACUGGAGUUAGAGGAGAGGCUGUCGGACCCAGUGUUUGUAAUGUACGCCCUCUUGGUGCUGCUGCUGCUGCUCGUGCUAAUUGUGUGGAUUGCUCCGGCUCACGGCUCAUCAAACAUCAUGGUGUACGUCGCCAUAUGUUCCCUCCUGGGAAGCUUCACCGUCCCGAGCAGCAAAGGACUCGGCCUGGUGGCACGAGACGCGUUUGGAGACGAGCCGUCCAGCAGCCGAGCUCUGGCUCUCUUCCUGGGCUUGUUGUGCACGCUGGCUGUCAGCGUCCUGAUCCAGUUCUUCUUCAUCAACAAGGCCUUGGAGUGUUUCAGCUCCAACAUGUUUGAAGCCAUAUACUACGUGACGUUCACGUCCACCGUGAUCCUCGCUUCUGCUCUCCUCUUCAGGGAGUGGACUGCACUCACCGUCACUGACGGCCUGGCCAUGCUUUGUGCUCUGACAACGGUGUGUGUCGGCGUCGUUUUGCUCCGCAUUUCCCAAGAGGCCGUGGUUACCUGGAAGAAGAAGACGGACUGAGAGUUUUGCCAAACAGUCGUGGGCGGACUAUGAGACUAUGUAAUGUAGUCAUUGUGUGUCUCUUUGUAGUCACUGUGUGUCUCUUUGUAGUCACUGUGUGUCUCUUUGUAGUCAUUGUGUGUCUCUUUGUAGUCACUGUGUG